CUAUUUACACUUUUCAAUUCUACAAUGAAUAGGGGUAGGAUAUCGCAGUCCCAAGCCUGUCAUCGUAUGGUGUAUUACUGUGAUUCGAGAGUACUAAAAUCGAAUGCUAUUCCACAAUAACUAGGUGAUUCUACAACGAGAGUUAUACCCAUAUUAUUGCCAUUGCGGAUGUAUCUAUUACCUCCGGUGGAAAAUUAUGAUGUCCCUUCUGCCGCCAGGGCCAUGACAUUCAGCCGGGUCGCCGCUUUCCUCGCUGGGUCAGGGCAAUACUACUCCGUCAACAUUCGGUUCUUUAAUUGGGCUGCCAUAUAUUUCUAUCCAGCUAGUAGAUCGGAAAAUUAUGUGAUUUGAGUCUAUGAGGUUUAACAUCAAACUACCUGUCCCGCAAAAUGUGACGAUACUAUCCCAGUUCAAGUGUUACACGACCAUGGGACCAGAUGGCACGCCUAAAAUCUAGAGCACGCUACAGAAGGGGGCGUUUUAUAUAUGAGCGAGCGAAUAUUGAAAUUCGCAGUUGCCAAAGACUCUAACACCCAUCAUUGUGCUCAAUCGCUCUAUUACAAUGUUCGUCACAUCCGCCGUUCUCGCGGCGGCCUUCUUAAGCAGCGGUGCCCUUGCUGCUUUCGGACUCACAACUACAAGUAACAGUUACAAGGUUGACACAAAUGGUGGACUAGUCUUCGAAGUUAACAGGGCAAAUGGAGAUGUUACAAGUCUAGUCUUCAACGGCGUCGAGUAUCAAGGAAAAAGCAAGGCGUCAGGUAUCAAUUCCGGACUUGGAACAUCGCAGCUGUCGGCUGAAACAGUCAGCAACAAGUACAUAAAAAUCACGGCCAAGUCCAACUCGUUGCCAGUAACCCAGUACUAUGUAGCCAAACCAGACGACCCGACAAUCUAUAUGGCGACAUAUAUCACCGGAGAAGUUGAUCCCGGUGAGUUACGAUGGCUCGCCCGUCUACGCCAGGAAGGUUUACCUACCGGUGUGCACGGUGACGUUGGUAACAACAUCGGCUGUACCGCAUUCGAAGGAAAGGAUACAUUCCGAUGCUCCAACGGCCAGACUCGUUGCAAGAUGUACACAUCUGAUCGCUUUAUCGAUGACCAAAUCCACGGUGUAUCUGGAUCCAACGCGGCUGUGUGGAUGAUCAUGCCUGGUAACGCGUACGAGACGUCGGCCGGGGGGCCAUUUAUGCGUGAUAUCAAUAGUCAGACUGGUAGCGACCAGGAGUUAUACUGGUAUAUGAACAGUGGACACGUUCGAACAGAACCGUGGCGGUUUGGCUUGAUGGGACCGUAUGCUAUGAAAUUCACAAAGGGUGAUACUCCCUCCUCAAAUCUGGAUACGUCUUUUUUCGGAAGCCUCGAUAUUCAAGGAUACGUCCCUGAUAAUCAGCGCGGUACCGUGUCCGGCUCGGCAACAGGAGUCCCAAGUGACUUUGAGGCUGUUGUUCAUUGGUACAAUGACAAGGCUCAAUACUGGACUAAAGCUACCAAGGAAACCUUCAAGUCUCCGCUUAUGAAGUCAGGGACAUAUACUAUGAAGCUCUAUAAGGGAGAAUACGAAGUAGCUAAAGAUACGGUGACUGUGAAGGCCGGAAGCGAUACGGCUAAAAACAUCGCUUCUGCAGAGCCAAAUCCCUCCGUCGUGUGGCGUAUCGGGAAUUUCGACGGGAGGCCGAUGGAGCUGAAAAAUGGAGACAAAAUCGAACGAAUGCAUCCAAGCGACACUCGCAUGGGCUCCUGGGGAGGGACCUACACUGUUGGUCAAUCAUCGGCGCGUGAUUUUCCUAUGGCGCUCUUCUCCAAAACCGGUGGCAAUGUAAAGGUGAACUUUGACCUCUCCGCUAGCCAAGUCCGGGACCUCACAUUGAGAGUGGGAACAACACUCUCAUUCAAAGGGGGACGCCCAUCAGUAGCGAUCGGUAGUUGGACCGGAAAGGAUCCAGGGGCUCCGAAACUUAUUGACUCCCGCGGUGUGACUCGUGGGGCAUACCGAGGAUAUGGAGAGGUCUAUAACUGGACUGUUCCUGCGAGCGCUUUGAAAAGUGGCCAGAAUACUCUCACGCUCGGGGUAUACGGUAGCGGGGACAAAGACUUUCUAAGUGCGAACUACAUUAUUGAUGCGGUCGAGCUUCAGGGGCCAAAAUCUUCAUAGGACCCGCUGUAGUUGCGAGAUUACUCAAAUAGUCAUUAUUGUCUUCUCGUAUAAAUAUAUCCCGAAAAUUGCUCGUACG